AUGGAACUACCGACUUUAUUAUUUAUUAUUGGUUUGACAAACUGUGUUGUCGAAUCAGCAAAGAAUCAAGACACUGAAGUCAGUAUCAAAGAAGUCAGUUUAUUGUUACCAUAUACAUCUUCAAGAUCAAGACUAUUCUAUAAAUUAGGUGCAAUCAAUGGUUGUUUUGAAUGGUCAACUAAUAAUCAAGAGUUAAUCGAAUUAGAACCAUUGUAUGAAUCGGCAUCAUGUGAUACUGGUGCAGGCGGUAACAGUGGCGGUAGUACCGCACUCAUUGGAACACCUUGGGGCGAACCAGAGAGCAAGAAGUGUUCGACAAGCGUCAAGGUUUCAGUGAGAAGUGGAUUUGGAUCGCGUGAUUCCACUUUGAUUUUCGCAGAGGAUCGUGCAUCUGGAAGACGUCUGCGUUGUGAGGUGUUUGUCGACAAGAUCGCCUCUAUCAGUAUUGAGACUACCACACGUACCAUGUUCAAGGACGCCAGUGAGAUUCUCGAGGUGCUGGCAUUCGAUGCCGAAGGCAAUCGUUUCUCCACGGUGAUGGGUGUCGAGUUUGAGUGGUCGGUGUCCGCCGCCAACACCAUCCAGAUCGUGCCGUUCAAAGAUUCAUCGAUGGAUACCGAUCCUGUGCUGCUGGCGAUGGAGCGCGAAGGAUUGCAAUCAUCACUGGUUCUAGUCCAAGGAAUUGACACUGGAAGAGCACAAGUAACAGCUAGACUCACCGAAACCUCUUAUUCCAGCAUCGAUCCAUCGACUGUCACCAUCUCUGUGCUCGAACCACUCCAAUUGUUCCCCUCACAUCUUCUCUAUGUCAUUCAAGGAACUCAGAUUCAAUAUCUCUUACAGACAGAGAAGCGUAAUCAAUUGGAAACAAUUACUAUGCCAAAUCCACAAUAUGUCUGGGAUUCAACUAAUAAGAAGGUUGGUAUUGUCGAACAGAACGGUUUGUUUAUGGCAACUGAAAUUGGAAAGACAGAGAUUAUCGUGCAACACAAGAAUAUGACAGAGAAUCGUGCACAUACUAUUGUUCAUGUGGUCAGUCCAUCGUAUUUGGCGUUGAAGAUCGAACCAAUCAAUUUGGGACCGGGUCCAGUUAGCAAUUGGAAUCUGAUUGAAAGCAAAAACUAUACUUUGACCGUGGAGUUGUAUGAUACUGCUGGUCAUAAGAUCUACAACUCUGAUAUUUCGUACGACGUCGAUAUCUCUAAGAGCUAUUUCGAACCGAUCACCUACCCCGGUGGCAGAACCGGCUCCGAUACUUUCAAUGUGCGUGCUAUCAAGGAGGGUGUGACAACGGUGCGUGCCUCACUCUCAAAGAUCUACGAUCCAAAGCAUGGAAAACUUGUGCCACUUCUCCACCCGAUCUCUGUCGAACAGGAACUCACGAUCAGUCCGCAGAUCUCUUUGCUUCCACCCAUUCUCUAUUUCCCUUUUAUCGCUGGACAACCCUCCACUUCAGUUCCAUUGCGUGCUCGUGGUGGUUCUGGUGAAUACUUGUGGUACACUAAUAAUAGUUCGAUUGUUGAUGUCGAUGCUGCCGGUGUUGUUAGAACCGGUGCCAACUCUGGCCAAUGUGAAGUCGCCGUUGUCGACAAGAAGAAUCCACACAAUCGUGAAAAAGCCAAAGCUUUGGUUAUUCCACCAACCGCUAUUGCAUUCUCACCGUCACCAGUCGAAGUAGAAGUUGGAAAAGCAAUCACACUCGCUGCCGUCUUGAAAAGCGACCGUUUGGCUGCUGGCCAUCAUUUCGAUGCUUGCAACAUCCCCGAUCUCCAAUGGUCCGUUGAAGAUGGUACUGUCUUUGCUCUUCAAGAGCCGUCGGCCGUGCCAGAGUCGCAACCACGUGGAAUGGAAGGACACAUCUGGACACCACGCAAUCCAGAGCACUGCUCUGCCAAGCAAGUCAAGGCACUCAAGGAAGGACUGUCACUCGUCCACAUCGAUCACCACGGAAUGAAAGCACACAACCGUGUGUUUGCCUAUCGUCCUCUCACCCUCGAUCCACCCGAAGCGCUGGUCACUCUUGGCUCCAACGUUGUCGUGCAUCACCAAGGUGGUCCAGAACCAUGGUACAACGAUCCCAAGCUAUUCCAACGUUCAGUGGUCGCCGAGCACCCUGACGAUGUAGCCAUCACAAUGUUGUCGCCACACAGCUUCAGUGUAACUUGUCUCCAACACAACGAGCAGACUCUCACUCUCCGUGUCGGAAAUCGUGCCAACGCUGCCAAUCCUGUGCCAGCCACACCAACUGCCGCCUUCAAAUUCCGUUGUGUUCCACCAGCAUCGAUCCAACUCAGCUUGAAUGAAGACGCCGACAAGUUGACUGAUCUCCCUACUGGUGCAGCAUGCUCCAACUCUAUCGUCGCACUCAACGAGCGUAAACCAAGCCAAUCCAGUGAUGUUCCACUCUACAAAGUACGUAACAAUCGUGAUCUUCCAUUUAUUGCCGCUGUCUUUGAUGAAGCUGGUCGUCGUUUCACCAACUUCUCCACAUUGAAAUUCGACUGGGCUUCAAAGGAUGAGCAACUCGCCAAGUGGACACCAUCCAUCAUUGGAUCACUCGCAACACUCGGACUCUUCAAGCGUGAAGGUCGCACCCGUUUAGAGUCGGCAGUCACUGGAUACAACACUGAGAUUCUCAAGCGUGCCGGUGUCACCAAGAACAUCCCAACUCUCGAUUCCAAACAACUGCACAGUUCCGUCGAUCUCGACUUGAUCUCCAAUGUCAAAUUGGUUCCAUCGCAUUCCACUCUCUUUUUGAAUGAGAAGAAUGUACUCUCGCUAGAAGCACUCGGUGGUAGCGGUAGUUUCUCAUUCAGUUCCAACAACUCCAAGAUUGCCAAGCUCGAACCCAACAAGAAUGUUGUCCUCGUCAAACCGAUUGCACCUGGCUACCUAAAGGUUGAUGUUACCGAUGUCUGUUUGGGAGGCGCUUCUGAACCAGCCAUUGUAUUCAUCUCGGAGAUUGGACAUCUCGAGAUAUCGUCAUCAGAGUUGAUCCAAGUCGGAGGUUCCACUCCGUUGCACGUCAAUGCAUUCGACUCGAACGGUAAUCCAUUCGAUCAAUCACAAUAUAACUACAUUGAUUUGACUCCACACAUUGAUAAUCCAAAUGUUCUCGGUAUCAAACCAACACCUGAAGAUCCUCAGACAUUCACACUCCGCGGUCUCGACGCUGGUGUAGCCACUCUCUCGCUGGCCAACACCAAUCCACGCACCGGAAAUGUAGCACAAUCGCCAACCACCCAAAUUCAAGUAUUCCCACCAUUCAAAGUAUCGCCACAAACACUUCACUUGGUUCCAGGUGGACACUUCCAACUCCAAUGGAGUGGAGGUGCUGCCUCUCGUCAGGACGUCUCUUUCAAGGCAGAGAACCCAUCGGUUGCAUCUGUCGAUCGCUCAGGAGAAAUCAUCGCGCGUGGCAUCGGUGAAACAGUGAUCACCGCCAUUGCCAAUAUCGUCGAUACCAAGACUGGAAAAUCUCAAAAGAUUGGCGAAGACACUCUCACCGUCUACGUCAAGAACAUGACUGGAAUUCGUCUGCACAGCACCAUCGAUCGUCUUUUGGUUGGCGACGAAGCCAAGAUCCGUGUUAUCGGUGCCAACGGAGAGACUCCAUUCACCUAUGGAACAGUCGACCUCUACUUUACAUGGGAAUGUCUCGACGAUGGUUACAUUGUAUCGCUCCUACCGGUCUACCAAUCGGCCAACACCACAAUCGAAACUGAAGGUUCGUUUGGUGUUCGUGUCUUGGCGAAUGCCGCUGGCAGCACAACUGUCACCGCCUACGCCUACAGCGACAACGAUCGUUCUCGUCUCCUCUUCAAGACUCCACCCUUCAAAUUCACAGUUGUCGACAGCAUCGGUAUUCCCACCUACAGUCUCUUGUUACCUCUCAACACCGUCUACCUACUUCCAUCCGUAACCAACAAAGAAGGAAUCGACAUUUCCAGACUGGAUUGUCUGACCAAUAUCAACUGUGAUGGUGUCACCGUCAAGGACAUGAAGAUUAUCACACAGGAUCGUAUUGGAACUUGUUAUCUCUCUGCCACUCGUGGUGGACGUGGUGACACUUCCUCACUUGUCAAAGUUAACACCAAGCCUUUCUCUCAUCUCGAAGUGAUUCCACUCAAUCCAAUCACUGUCGUACCAAUGGGCGGUUCCAUAACCUUUGGCCUCUACUUGCGUGACGACAUUGGUGAACUCUUUAGCAGCUAUGCUGGUGUCGCAUUUGAAACAGAGUUUAGCAAUGCCGGUAUCAUCGCGGUGCACAUCGAACAAAAUCCAAAUCCAACUAGCAACCAACCACCUGUCACUCUUGUCGCCAAAGCAUUGCGUGCCGGCAUCGUUACACUGCGUGUCUACCUCAAGGGAAUGGAUCACAUCGACGACUAUGUAAAGAUCUUUGUCGGUAGAUUCAUCGAGCCAGACAACUUGAUUGUCCACGUCGGUGCCAAGAUCCAAUUCAAGCUGGAUACACAACAACUUUCACAGCGUGGAUACGCACUUCCAAUGGGUGGUGAACGCGUCUGGGGAACUGGAAACAGCACAAUCAUGGCAGUGGAGCCAGCCACCGGAAAGGCAACCGCUCUUCAACCAGGUCGCACCACAAUCAACUACCUGAAGAAUCCAUCGUCACAAGCCAUCAUCCAAGUCGCAAAGAUCGCCAGCAUCGACUUGGAACUCGCCAACCAAGUUAUUGUCUCGACCAACGAAAAGUAUUCCUAUCCACUCCGAUUCAAGACUCAGACCUCACAGGAAUUGACCUCGCACCGCUCCGUUCAAAACAACAUCGAUUGCACCUGUUUCAUCAAGGAUACCAACGUUGCCACUGCCAAAUGUGAACUCUCUGCAACCGACACCACCCAAUUCCAGUGUGUCGUCACACCAAAGAGCAUACCAACCUCAGUGGUCGACCGAAUCACUCUGGUUAUUCGCGUUGCCGAUCGUCCAUCGACCUACAGUCUCGAGAAACAAUUCGAUCUUCCAUUCGAAACAUCGUUCAACAUCUUGGGACGCAACGAAGUACAACUCACCUCGAAAUCCAACUCUUACAACCUCAAUAUCGAAUCGUAUCACCCGCUUCUCGUGGAAUCAUCCGAUAGCUCACUUGUCACAGUCACCCCACUCCCGGCAACACAAUCACCCUCGGGAACUGGACUCAUGUAUAAUUACAUCAUCACACCGGCCAAGAAUGCUCAGUCAUUCCAAGACGUACCGGUGUAUAUACGCAGCUCCGAAAGCAAGACAAAGCAGUCGGUGCUUGUCUCUUACAACGAACACUCAUCGUAUGUCAACCAACAGUCAUCGUUGCCCUACAUGACCAUCUCAGGAUUGGGUCUAGCGAUUGUGAUUGCAUUGAUAACAUUCUUUUUCUCAUUUAAAUACAAUCAUAAGCCACCCACCUACGUCAUUCCAUCUCAAUCCAGACCAAUUCCAGCAUCACCAUUCAGAUCACCACCACCACCAACUAGUUUCCAAUCACCACGAGGCGGAUCCGAUUCCAUCUAUCUUUCACAAUCAAAGUAUGGACGAUAUUAA